UCUCCAUGCAUCUGCCCAGCUCUGCUACCUCUGCCCCGAGAGAUGGCUCUCUGCUGGGGGGCUCCUCAAAGCCAUGGUCUCUAUUGCAGUCAGAGUCUCCUCUGUGCACCCCACAUCCCUCAGACCUCUUUUCAACCCCACUACCCUAACUGGUGAGACUAGUUUCACCACUCAGAAACUGACCUCCACUGGAAAGAUGACAGACAACAGGACCCAAGCCCACCUGCUGCAGCCCAGGGCCUGGCCAUGACUGUCACCUACUCGAGCCAAGUGGCCAAUGCCCGUUUAGGCUCCUUCUCCCGCCUGCUGCUGUGCUGGCGAGGCAGCAUCUACAAACUGCUCUAUGGCGAGUUUCUCAUCUUUCUGCUCUGCUACUACAUCAUCCGCUUCAUUUACAGGAUGGCCCUCACAGACGAACAGCAGGUGAUUUUUGAGAAGCUAACUCUGUAUUGUGACAGCUACAUCCAGCUCAUCCCCAUCUCCUUCGUACUGGGCUUCUACGUGACGCUAGUCGUGACCCGCUGGUGGAACCAGUAUGAGAACCUGCCGUGGCCCGACCGCCUCAUGAACCUGGUGUCGUCCUUCGUGGAGGGCAAGGACGAGCAAGGCCGGAUGCUGCGGCGCACGCUCAUGCGCUAUGCCAACCUGGGCAACGUGCUCAUCCUGCGCAGCGUCAGCGCUGCGGUCUACAAACGCUUUCCCAGCCCACAGCACCUGGUGAAAGCAGGCUUCAUGACACCCUCGGAACACAAACACUUACAAAAACGGAGCUUGCCACACAACUCGUUCUGGAUGCCCUGGGUGUGGUUUGCCAACCUGUCAACAAAGGCAUGGAUUGGAGGUCGGAUUCGGGACCCUAUCCUGCUCCAGAGCCUGCUCAACGAAAUGAACACCUUGCGUACUCAGUGUGGACAGCUGUAUGCCUACGACUGGAUCAGCAUCCCACUGGUGUACACUCAGGUGGUGACCGUGGCAGUAUACAGCUUCUUCCUGGCUUGCCUGAUUGGGCGGCAGUUUCUGAACCCAGCCAAGGCCUACCCUGGCCAUGAGAUGGACCUCGUUGUACCCCUCUUCACAUUCCUGCAGUUCUUCUUCUAUGCUGGCUGGUUGAAGGUGGCAGAGCAACUCAUCAACCCAUUUGGAGAGGAUGACGAUGACUUUGAGACCAACUGGAUUGUUGACAGGAGCUUGCAGGUGUCCCUAUUGGCUGUCGACGAGAUGCAUCAGGACUUGCCACCAAUGGAGCGAGAUAUGUACUGGAAUGAGCCAGAACCACAUCCCCCCUACACAGCUGCUUCUGCCCAAUCUCGCCGACCUUCCUUUUUUGGCUCCACCUUCAACAUCAGUCUGGAUAAGGAAGACAUAGAGUUUCAGCCAGAUCUAGAGGAGCAAGAGGGUGCUCACACUGGCAUCAUUAGCCGCUUCCUAGGGCUGCAAUCCCACGACCGCCAGUCCCCCAAGACAAACUCAAAAACCAAACUACUGUGGCCCAAGAAAGAAGUCCUUUCGCAUGAGAACCAGCCCAAGAACCUUGGAGGGGCCGGACAGAACACUAGCGACCAGGAAGACAGAAAGGCCUGGAAGGGGGAAGAUGUUUUCAAGUCCGCGGUGCUCUAUGGAAGGUCAGGCUACCACAGUGCCCCACAGACACCACUCAGCCACACCCCUAUGGUCUUCCCACCUGGACAGUCAGCACCCUCAAGUCUUCGCAGAAUCUCAGGCAUAGAUGACCCUGUCAAAGAUCAAAGCCUUCAGCCUGCAACCCCCAGGUCCAAGAAGAGUUUUGAAUUGCUCCCAGAGAAUCCUGGGGCCUCAACAGAGCACCCAGAAGCGAUUCACAUGAAAAGGAAAACUGUCGAGUUUAACCUGAUGGACAUGUCAGAGGCCCCUGAACAUCUCAGAGAACCACAUUUGGGACAGUCAACAAGCAACAUACACACUAUACUCAAAGAUCAUGGAGAUCCUUAUUGGGACUUGGAAAACAGGUCUGUCCUCUACUCAAACCAGGGCCACUAACCCCCCAGCUCCCCAGGGGUGACCCUCACCAGCUUCCCUUGCUCUGAAUCCCCUUUCAUUCACAAUUCUCCUGUGGUCCUGUGACGGCCAGAGCAUGCUGGCCCUAUGCCCAGCACUGGCUUAGGGUACACACCUGGCUGCCACAGCAGGCCCAUGAAAAGGUGUCGGGCAACUUUUGCUUAUUUCACCUAAGAGGCUGACAUCACCAGGACUUCUCUGGGGCCCAGGUAGAGGAAGAUGAGGUAGUACUGACAGGAAUGAUGUCAAAGGGCCAUGAGGCCAGGUUUAGAUGGGCAGAUGUUACCAGUGGACUGAGCUCACUUUAAGCAGGGGUGGCAAACAAAAACAUGGGGCAGAACUCAGGACUCUUGUUGCUGCCCAAGAACCCAACUUACUGCCCAGGCUUAGCUGGGAAGUCACAUAUGAGCUCUGCCCCCUAACAACAGGGGUCCUGAAGCACUUCUGAGUAUACCAUCUACAACCCUGAGAAACAGUAGAUAGGGUGGGGGAAUCCAGAUCCAUUGGGGUUAUCUUAUGGAUCUUAUGCUUUGAGGACCUCACUAAAAAGACUUCUGAACUUAAA